AUGAGGGAUGGCGGCGUCAGGGACGGAGAUGUCGGCCUCUGGGACGGGGACGAUAGGGCUCCAGGGAAGGGGACGGCGGCCUCCGGGAUGCAGACGACAGGGUUCUGGGGACAACAGCCUCCAGGACGGGGACGACUGGGCUCCGGGGAUGGUGGCAUUGGGGAGGAUGUGGUAGAGAUGGCGACAUCAGGGAGGAUGCGGCAAGGAACACCCAAAGAUCGAAGGUUUGUGAUGCCGACCUCUAAGGAUGGAAAUAAUCCCAAAGGAACUAGUGUGGAGAAGGACACAGUUGAUGCGUCUCCUCAUGUUCUCGUAGUUGAUGAUUCCCUUGUUGAUCGUUGUGUUAUUUCCAUGGCCUUAAAAAGCUAUAACAUACGUGUGACUGUAGUGGAAGGUCCCAAGCAGGCCCUGGAGGUUUUGGAUGUGGAACAUGAUGUGAAGAUGAUUGUGACAGAUUACUGUAUGCCAGACAUGACUGGCUAUGGUCUCCUUUUGGAAGUGAAGAAAUCACCCAAGCUGAGGCACAUCCCUGUGGUCAUUGUAUCUUCUGAUAACAUUCCAGAAAGGAUCAAAAUGUGCUUGGAUGGAGGUGCAAUGGAUUACAUCCUGAAGCCUAUCAAGGCUGCUGAUGUGCCUCACAUUUUGAGCUACAUAUGA